AUGUCCAAGUUUGGAACCUCAUUAUUGGUUCCUUCUGUACAAGAUCUUGCAAAGCAACUCAACACACAAGUUCUAGAACAAUAUCUUCAUCCAAAUCAAGACCCUAUUGCUGUAUCAAAUAUAAUUUCUUUACAACAAGUUCCACUCAUUGACUUAAGUAAAUUGUUAUCUGAAGAUGAACUUGAGGUAGAGAAGCUACAUCAUGCUUGUAAAGAAUGGGGAUUUUUCCAGCUGAUUAAUCAUGGAGUGAAUCAUUCAAUAGUGGAAAAUGUGAAGAUAGGUGUUCAUGAGUUUCUAAGUCUUCCGACGGAAGAGAAGAAGAAAUUUUGGCGAACCUCGGACGACAUAGAGGGUUUUGGUCAAUUGUUUGUUGUAUCUGAGAAUCAAAAGUUAGAAUGGGCAGAUUUUGUUAGGAUGCUAGAACCCUAA